AUGACUGGUAUGCCUCAAUUUGAUCGCUUUUGCGAUAUGGAAGAAUCUGUACAGGCUAUUGCCCCUGUUGAAUCGUGCGAAUCCUCGUGUAUCACAAUUUUUGAGCCUCAAUAUUUUGGAGGUCUUCGCUCACCACAGCGACCGUAUCUCUUUCUUCGUGGCUGUGCUUCAAGACUUUUGUCAGCAAUGGAAUCACCACCACGAGAAGUGGAUUUUCUCCAUCGCGCAGCGAUUUGCGUCAGUCUGCCUCUUUCACAAAUUUAUCCAAAGGUCUAUACGAAUGAGGUUGUUGAGGUAUGUUCAUGCGUUACCAAUGGAUGCAACUUUCGAGUAGCGCCAAAUUCUUCAAGUUCAUUGCAAAUUAUACUCUCAGCAAUUGCAUUGAUAUUGUUGAUGUUGUAG